UUGGCCCAACCGAGGUCCUCGGCCUAUCCUAAUUUCUCCCGAGAUCUGAAACUACUCUCCAUCUGUCUCUCCCUCUCUCUUUCCCGUCAAGCAAUUCGCGUCUCAAGUAUCUCACACACUGAGACACACAAUCUCGGUACAUUUUUUAACGUCGUUUUGAUCGCAAGAUGAAGAAGGAAGACACGGUGAAGCUGAUCAGCGCCGAGGGCUUCGAAUUCGUCAUUGACAAAAAGGCCGCAAUGGUCUCUCAGACUAUUCGCAACAUGCUCACCUCACCAGGGAGUUUUGCUGAAACUGAGCAUGGAGAAGUCACUUUUCCGGAGAUAAGCACUGUAAUUCUCGAGAAAAUUUGCCAGUACUUUUACUGGUCUCUUCAAUACGCCAGUGGAAAGGAGACUGAAUUCCACAUUGAACCUGAGUUGACUUUGGAACUGAUGAUGGCUGCUAAUUAUUUGCACACCUGACCGGACAACCUCCUAGUUUCUGGGCAAAAAGUCUUGUUGGGCUUUGGAUACUCGAGGAUGAUUUUGUUGCCAAAGGUCAGAAGGUUUGAAGGUCACUGAGUAACUGCCCUUGCAUGAAGAUGUAUUUUUUCUGCUUUUAUUGUGAUUGUUGUGGUCCUCCUAACACUGUUAGGAACUGAUGUAAAUGAUAUAAAUGAAGCUGGAGAAGGAUUUAACACUAUGUUUGUAAAUUACCUAACCUAUAUGGCUAGCUAGACCUUAUAAUUGAUGGCAAGAUAUUGGUCUUCAGGUUGUACUUGUUUGACUCUUCUAUAUUUGCUGAAAUUUAGUUGAGGAUUGUAAUUAGUGAAUAAUAUGUGGAUAUUGGGUCAACAGCUAUGGUGUUUUUCAAGAAGAACUAUAUGGGGCAUAUUUUUGUUCUAUCUCCACCACUUGGCUAUCAAUCAAGUGGAUGAGCUGUUGUCUUCUGAGCUG